ACCUCAAACUUUGGCUAUUUUUUGUGAACCAAAAUAGUGAAUGUGGAGAACCAGAGACACCCUAUCUAUCCCCAACGCUAGUAUUUUAAAUUUGGAAACAAAACGAUCAUAACUGUGAGAUGAGAAAAAUCCAUGGCUACUCUUCACUCCUGUUCCUUUUCUUCACUUCACAGCUUUCCCUCUGUAACAUUAAAGUACUCUCGAACUCAGCCAAGGAUUUUGCGAUUCAAUUGCCGAUCCAGUAGUGAUGAUAAGGAGGAUUAUUUGCUGGAUGCUCCUGUUUCAGUUGGGGACGGCUUUUCUUUUAGUGGAGGGAAGUAUUCAGACGAGCCAAGUCCGGCCGAUGAAUGGCUCGACAAAGGAAAAUUUGUGAAAGCUUAUCCAGUUUCUGGGACUGGGGAGAAAGCAAAGGAUCCCAUUUUUGGACUUACAAUGGGUGAGAGUUCGCAGGCAUCAUCUGAUCAUUUCAGAUGGUUUUGUGUAGAAAGUGGAAGCUCUAACAAUUCUCCCAUUCUAUUAAUCCACGGCUUACCAUCACAGGCAUACUCUUAUCGCAAAGUUCUUCCCAUGCUUGAGAACAACUAUCAUGCUAUAGCACUUGAUUGGCUUGGAUUUGGAUUCUCAGAUAAGCCCCAACCAAAAUAUGGAUUUGACUAUACAUUGGAUGAAUAUGUGGCAUCCUUGGAAUCUGUGAUCAAUGCUCUUACUGACAAAAAGGUUACUCUUGUAGUGCAGGGGUAUUUCUCAGCAAUUGCAAUCAAAUAUGCUAGCAAUCACCAGGAAAAGCUGAACGGCCUGAUACUUCUAAAUCCUCCACUUACUAUAAAUCAUACCAAACUGCCGUCAAGCUUAUCUGUUCUGAGCAACUUCUUGUUGGGGGAAAUUUUUUGUCAGGACCCUCUUAGAGCCAGUGAUAAAACAUUGCUGAGUUGUGGUCCUUACCAAAUAAAAGAAGAUGUGGCAAUGGUUUACAGAAGACCUUAUCUCACAUCUGGUUCUGCAGGGUUUGCAUUAAAUGCGAUAAGCAAGGCAAUGAAAAAACAACUUAAGGGCUAUGUUGAGGACACAAGAGCAAUACUUAUGGAUAAUAACUGGUCAGUCCAGACAACAGUUUGCUGGGGACAAAGAGACCGCUGGUUAAGCUUUGAUGGUGUAGAAGAUUUCUGCAAGGAAUCAAAGCAUCGACUAAUUGAACUUCCUAUGGUAAUGACACCAUUUUGUUGCUCUUUUUCUUGGGACAGUAUUACAAAUGCAGAGCAUUGCUUUCGUGAUGAAUAUCAUAUUCUUGAAUAUGCCUUCUGAACCGUCAGUAAAUUAAAACCGGGACUUCUGGUCAUCCGUCAUUCAGGACAUCACGUUCAGGAGGAUAGUGGUGAAGAAUUAGGUCAACUCAUUGCUGGAAUUGUUGGAAAGAGAAGCAGUUUGUGAUUGUCAUAAGAUCUAAUCUAUGGGUUAAAUGGGUAGUCCUUCUGUU